GUGUUGCAGGACUGUAGUCCGUUAAGAACUCUGCUCUGACGCCCCGUUGACAGACUGCUGUUUCGGUUAGCUGUCGUUCAAGUCCAGAUCAUCGACCGAGUCCCGCUCAGUGGCUGAACAUCGAAAAUGGGGGCUUGUAUGGCAUUAUGUUCACUUGCAAGUUGUGCCUCGUGUUUAUGUGGCUCUGCUCCAUGUCUUCUGUGUGGUUGCUGUCCGUCAUCCAACAAUUCUACAGUCACGCGGCUGGUCUUCUCCUUCUUCCUGUUGCUGGGAACACUUGUGUCUAUUAUUAUGAUCCUGCCUGGCAUGGAGACUCAGCUUCGCAAGAUUCCUGGAUUCUGUCAAGGCGGAAGCACCAUACCAGGUGUAGAGAACCAGUUUAACUGUGAUGUGAUUGUGGGCUACAAAUCAGUGUACCGCAUGUGCUUUGCCAUGGCUUGUUUUUUCUUCCUCUUCUCUGCCAUCAUGAUUCGUGUACGGACCAGCAAAGACCCCCGUGCAGUCUUUCAGAAUGGGUUCUGGUUCUUUAAAUUUCUGAUCCUUGUUGGUAUCACUGUUGGAGCCUUCUUCAUCCCUGACGGAACAUUUCAUAACGUAUGGUUCUACUUUGGCAUCGUGGGUUCCUUCAUGUUCAUCCUGAUCCAGUUGAUCCUGCUUAUUGACUUUGCUCAUUCCUGGAACGAGGUGUGGGUGAGAAACGCUGAAGAGGGCAACAGCAAAUGCUGGUACUUUGGUCUCCUGUUCUUUACUAUACUGCACUAUGCCCUGGCCUUUGCUGCUGUGGUGCUCUUCUACCUGUACUAUACAAAGCCUGAUGCCUGUGCUGAACACAAGGUCUUCAUCAGCCUCAAUCUCAUCUUCUGUGUCAUCAUCUCUGUUGUGUCCAUUCUACCCAAAAUACAGGAUGCUUCUCCUCAAUCUGGUCUGCUGCAGUCCUCUCUCAUCACUUUGUAUACCAUGUAUGUCACAUGGUCUGCCAUGACCAACAAUCCCAAUCGGGAAUGUAACCCCAGCCUGCUCAGCUUGGUAUCCAACAUCAGCAGCAGCUCACAGCCGACCCCUACCACCACCCCAGGAACGGUGCAGUGGUGGGAUGCCCAAGGCAUCGUGGGAUUGGUCAUUUUCCUCUUUUGCACUCUUUAUGCCAGUAUCCGCUCUUCCAGUAACGCUCAGGUGAACAGGCUGAUGCAAACAGAGGAGGGGAAGGGCUCGCAAGUGGAGAGCAAAAUGGAAGAGGAUGGCCUGCGGAGGGUGGUGGAUAAUGAGGAAGAUGGGGUCACCUAUAGCUAUUCUUUCUUUCACUUCCACCUCUUCCUGGCCUCGCUCUACAUUAUGAUGACCCUCACCAACUGGUACAAGCCUGACACAACUACCCAGGCUAUGGCGAGCACCAUGCCUGCAGUGUGGGUGAAAAUCUGCUCCAGCUGGCUGGGACUGGCACUGUAUCUCUGGACCCUCAUAGCCCCAGUUCUCCUCUCGAACAGGGAUUUCAGCUAAGCCGCUGAGCCUCCUUAUGUAUAUCUGUAUGUGUGAGUGUGAGAUGGUGUGUUAUCUACUUUUGCCCUCGUGUUGUGAAGCUGUAUCUAAUAAUAUGAAGGAUAACUGAGGGGAUAUAGGUUAAAUGAGUGAAGUGUUUCUCACUCUCUGAUGUUCAUAAAAAAGUCUGCUCUUUAUUUUUCCUCUCUUUUUCCUGUGAUGUGGUAUGACUGUAGGUACAGGUUUCUUUACUGGUGCAAUUUUACACUUAUACACAUGAUUCUUUUAAAAUCACUUCUUGUAUGCUUGAAUGGAAAACACUAAACAAACCUGAUACUGUACACUUUUGAGAUAAUAGGUAAAGAUGCACAACAGGCCAUCUCCUAAGUGGUCUAGCCACGAAUACACCAAUACAAAUAUGCAUGUUACUGCUGCUACUAACCGUCUCUACCUGAAAUGAAUACACUUUUUACAGGAACUUAAUUUCUCUAUCUGGGUCGAAUUUCAAUCUUUUAGUUAGUCAAGCACUUUGUCCUUAAGCAAUUUCAUGAUAGAUUGAAGCAUGUGAACUAGGCUGAUGUGUAAAACUGCGUUGGCCAUUGGGGCAAAGAGGGGGCUGUUUUGUUUUUUUUUUCUUUUCCUAUCGAGCCCCUCGCUGGAGCCCCAUAAAGGCAAUGUGUCUGAGAGAUAAGCCUAAUUAGACACACCCUACUCUACAGCAACUCAUACUGCAUCCCUCCUACAACUUUGCUGAGCAGUCAGAGUUGUAAUUUGACCUCUAAUCUGUAUUUGAAAUAUAGAUGGCGGUGCUCUUUCUACCUGUCCUCGAUAUUUGUGUGGGUGUGCAUUGGUAGAUCUAAGAUAAUCAAAUGUGCAAAACCAUGCUGUAUAGUAUCACACAAUGACUCCAAUAACAUUUCACUGCUGGAUAGGAUGUGAAUGUAGUGAGCUGCACUAUCACUUUUGAAAUUUCAUAUGCUACUAUUCAUAUAUCACUUUUUCAUACUUUUUCAUAUGUUAUGUACUUUUGUUAAAUGUUUUUGGUAAUUUCCCAUUUUAAUAUUAUAUAACAUUAUUUGUACAUGGUUAAUUUUUCAUGCAAGCACACAUUGGUUGCUUCAAACAAUUUUAAAGCUUUAAAUAUUGUAAUAAUUUUAAUAUUUGUCCUGUUGUUGUCUUGUGAUGAAGAUGUAUUGUGAAUACGAAUGGGGAACUAUAUGAAUUUGAUAUAACUCUAUUGCUUGAAGUAUUCUGGAUGUUUUUGCCAUGAGUAUUGUGAAUAGUCAAAUGCCUGUAUUCAGAACUUUGUUCAACUGGUAACAUAGGAAGACUUUGAUUGUAAUCUUACUAACUAAGCAUGUAGAUGCAUCUGGCAUUCUUGCCCAUAGUAAGCGAUUAGCACAAGCAUAAUGGUACAUUCUUAAUAUUUAAUUAGCAACAACAUGCAAGAUGUUCAGUAGUGUUGAUGCACUAAAAGUGCCUUUAUUGAUGACCUGACUUAUCAAGAACUUCCAGGCUAAGACCCUGACCUGAAGACAGAAGUGCCUUCCUCAUUUUUAUACCAUUCAAAAGUACCAAUACUGUUGUUACACAGUGUUUCUGCACCCAGACAUAUCAGUUCUUUUAGUGUUGAUUGAUCUGCAUCUGCCAAUGUUUGUUUUUUUUUUUGAAUAAACCAUUCUGUAAUCAGUG